ACAUCAAGGUUAAAAUUUGGAAAGAAACAGCAAAAUGAAAUGCAAGAACAAAUAAGGACGCUUGGUGGCGCUCCAGGAUAAGAGUGUGAAGAAUGGGCUCUGCAGACACCCAGGACGCCAUCUCACCAAGCUGAGAACCAGAACUUUGGCUGCUGUCUGAAGGAGAAGGUAAUAAGAAAGAUUUCUGGGAGAAUUUGGGAAGAAGGUGCCUCUCUAAUCCGAUUUAGUUCAAUAUUUUCACGAACCCUGACUGGAUUAUAACCGACUUGAAGAAGCAGCACCCACCGGACUGCAUCUGAACAAUGGAGACAGCUGUAGCAAAAACGCCAGAGAAAAGGCAAGUCGUUUUCCUUACUAUUUUGCUGCUUUUGUGGGAGGCUGAUUCUGAAACAAUUAGAUAUACCAUGCCAGAAGAAACGGAGAGUGGAUACUUGGUGGCUAACCUGGCCAAAGAUCUGGGGCUCAGUGUGGGGGAACUGGCCACCAGAGGGUCUCAAAUCCAUUCCAAAGGAAACAAAGAGCUCUUGCAGCUGGAUACAGAGACCGGAGAUUUGCUUCUGAGGGAAAAACCAGAUCGCGAGGUGCUGUGUGGGGUGACAGACCCCUGUGUGCUGCAUUUCCAGCUCAUUCUGGAAAACCCUGUGCAGUUCUUCCAAACUGACCUGCAGAUCACAGACAUAAAUGACCAUGCUCCAGAGUUCCCUCAUAGGGAAAUGCUUCUAAAAAUCCCUGAGAGCGCCCAGCCAGGGACUGUGUUUCCUCUGAAGGCAGCUCAGGACUCUGACAUAGGGAGCAAUGCUGUUCAGAACUACACAGUCAGCCCCAACCUCCAUUUCCAUGUGGUUACUCAGAGUCGCGCUGAUGGCAGGAAAUACCCAGAGCUGGUGCUGGACAGAGCCCUGGACAGGGAAGAGCAGCCUGAGCUCACUUUAACCCUCACUGCUGUGGAUGGUGGAUCUCCGCCCAGGUCUGGGACCACCAUAGUUCGCAUUGAAGUCGUGGACAUCAAUGAUAACGCCCCCCAGUUUGUACAGUCGCUCUAUGCGGUGCAGGUCCCUGAGAACAGCCCUCUCAAUGCCUUAAUUGUCACGGUCUCUGCCAGGGAUUUAGAUGCUGGGAUGAAUGGGAAUGUAGCCUACUCUCUGUUUCAAGGUGGUGGAGUUUCUCAACCAUUUGCAAUAGAUGAGAUCACAGGAGAAAUUCGUCUGAGUGAUGAGUUGGAUUUCGAGGUAAAUAAUCAUUAUAGCAUAGAAAUCGCAGCCACAGAUGGCGGUGGCUUUUCAGGGAAAUGCACUGUGUCUGUACAGGUGUUGGAUGUGAAUGACAACGCCCCAGAGCUGACCAUCAGAAAGCUCACAAUUCCUAUCCCAGAAAACUCCCCAGAGACUGUAGUUGCUGUUUUCAGUGUUUCUGAUUCAGAUUCUGGCGACAAUGGAAGGAUGGUGUGUUCUGUUCAGAAUGAUCUUCCAUUCGUUUUAAAGCCCACAUUCGAGAACUAUUACACUUUAAUGACAGAGGGGCCAUUAGACAGAGAGAGCAGAGCUGAGUACAACAUCACCAUCACAGUCACCGACAUGGGCACACCCAGGCUCACAACACAGCACACCAUAACAGUGCAGGUGUCUGACGUCAACGACAACGCCCCAGCCUUCACACAAACCUCCUACACCCUGUUUGUCCAGGAGAACAACAGCCCCGCCCUGCACAUAGGCACCAUCAGUGCCACAGACUCAGACUCAGGCUCCAAUGCCCACAUCACCUACUCUCUGCUGCCCACCCACGACCUCCAGCUGACUCUCUCCUCGCUCAUCUCCAUCAAUGCCGACAAUGGGCAACUGUUCGCGCUCAGGGCGCUAGACUACGAGGCCCUGCAGGCCUUCGAGUUCCGUGUGGGCGCGACAGACCAAGGCUCUCCUGCGCUCAGCAGCCAGGCACUGGUGCGAGUGCUGGUGCUGGACGCCAACGACAAUGCGCCCUUCGUGCUCUACCCGCUGCAGAACGCCUCUGCGCCCUGCACAGAGCUGCUGCCCAGGGCGGCAGAGCCAGGCUACCUGGUCACCAAGGUGGUGGCAGUGGACCGCGACUCUGGACAGAAUGCCUGGCUGUCCUUCCAGCUGCUGAAGGCCACGGAGCCCGGGCUGUUCAGCGUGUGGGCUCACAAUGGCGAGGUGCGCACCUCCAGGUUGCUGAGUGAGCGCGAUGCUCCCAAGCACAGGCUGCUGCUGCUGGUCAAGGACAAUGGAGAUCCUCCAAGAUCUGCCAGUGUCACUCUGCAUGUGCUGCUGGUGGAUGGCUUCUCUCAGCCCUACCUGCCUCUGCCAGAGGUGGCGCGCGACCCCGCGCAGGACAAUGACGAUUUUCUCACACUGUACCUGGUUAUUGCCUUGGCUUCUGUUUCUUCGCUCUUCCUGUUGUCUGUGCUGCUGUUUGUGGGGGUGAGGCUGUGCAGGAGGGCCAGGGCGGCCUCUCUGGGUGCCUGCUCUGUGCCUGAGGGACACUUUCCUGGUCACCUGGUGGAUGUCAGUGGCACUGGGACCCUGUCCCAGAGCUACCAGUAUGAGGUGUGCCUAAGGGGAGACUCUGGGACAGGAGAGUUCAAAUUUCUCAAACCCAUGAUCCCUAACCUGUUUCAGGAUGCUGAUAGAGAAGUUAAAGAAAGUCCCCACUGCAGAGACAGCUUUGUAUUCAGUUAACUGUUGUAUCUCGUGCAGUGAAUUUAUUUUUGACAAAUCUCUAGCAGUAUGAUUCCUUGAAGAAAGUGAAUCAUUUUCAUCUAAGUAUUAACAUUGUAAAUGAAGCAUAUGCAUGUCCUCCAUUUCUAUCAUGGUUUUUUCUUGGUAUCUACUUUGGUAGUUUCAGGUAUAAUGAAUAUUAUAAACACAAUUAAUCUAUAUUUCACCUUAUGUUUUACUUUAGCUCAAGUAUUACAUAAAAUGAAUUUCACUUUACAUAUUUUGGGUUCGUUUUGUUUUAUUUUGCUUGUUUGGUUGUUUGUUCU